UUUUGCAGGAUUUCUUGAUGACAAGUUGUUGUUUCAUUUAGUCGUGGUAGCCAAAUUUCUGUAAAAUGUUUCCAAAAUGACUUUUACCAAAUAACUCGACGAAGAAAACAGAAGAUCAUCACGAAGCAGUGAGGGAAGUGUUUUUCUUUUACAGGGAGAACACAGAUUGUUUUCAAAAUGACUGGUGAUGAGCCACCAUACUUAGCUGUUGGCACUGAAGUUAGUGCUAAGUAUAGAGGUGCAUUUUGUGAAGCUAAAGUGAAGAAACUUGUUCGAUCUGUAAAAUGCAAGGUGAUACUGAAAGACUCACAGAUAUCAAUGAUGGUAACAGAUGAUCAGCUAAAAGGAAUUUUAAAGAUUGGUGAAGUGGUAGAACUAAAGGACCCAGACUCUGGCCAGAUGGUUAAUGGUACCAUCCACAAGAUGACUGAUUCCAGCAUGUAUACAGUUGUUUUUAAUGAUGGAGAUGAAAGAACUUUGCGUAGAACCCAGUUGUGUCUUAAAGGAGAAAAACAUUUUAUUGAAAGUGAGACUUUAGAUAACCUACCCUUAUCCCAUCCUGAACAUUUUGGUACACCAGUAAUGCAUGGAAAGAAGUCAAAGAGAGGAAGAUAUAGUGGAGGAGGAACUGAGGAUGAAUUGGAUGAAACAAGUUCAGAAGAUGGUGCCUCAAAAAGAGCAAGUUACAAAGGUCGUUUAAAAGAUCUUGUUGGCAAGGUGAUGAUUUUAGAUUUUGGAGAUAAGAGAAAACUACAAGUUCCUGUCUUAGUUGUGCUACCAGACGCCCAACCACCUGAUCCAAAGAAAAAGGAUCAUAUAUUGGUCAAAUCAUUCAAGGAUGGAAAAUUUGUUCAUGCACAGAGAAAGGAGUUGAAGGAAUUUGCAAGAGAUGUUGCCCUUAAGAGUGAAGAUAAAGCAUUGAAAGCAGCCUUUGAAAAGACCUUGAUGUAUUAUGACACUCAGGAUUUACCCACCGAAUGGGAUCAUGAUGAAUUACUUGGUACAGAUGAUGAUGAAGAUUUUAAUGAGGAAGAGUCAUCAGAUGAUGAACCUAAUGAAGAAAAAGACUGUUUUGUGGCACAGCUUUACAAGUUUAUGGACGAUAGAGGUACACCCAUAAAUAAAGCACCUGCUAUUGUUAACAAAGACCUGAAUCUCUACCGACUGUUUAAAGUUGUACAACAUAUUGGUGGUUAUAAUAAGGUAACCAAUCAGAUGAAAUGGAGAAUGGUUUAUUCUAAGAUGAAUCUACCACCCAUUAAUACAGCUUCUCAUCAGAUCAAAAAUGCUUAUAAAAAGUACCUUCAUGCUUUUGAGGAUUUCUAUAGGAAGUUGGGAAGUUCUAUGGGAACCAUAAGUCGGCCUGGUAGGAGUAGACACAACUCUGGACGAGGGAUGGUACAGUUCCGCGGUAAAGACAAACAUGAAGAUAAGGAUUCUGAAAGUGUUUCUGAGGAGGUAAAAGAUGAAAAACCCAAAGAAGAGGAGGUUUCACCAACAAAAGAUCGACAAACUCCAAAAAGAGUAACACGACAAGAUGUAAGUGAGGAAUCUGGAAAGAAAGAAAGUCAAACAGAUGCAAAGAAAGCUGUGAAAAAGGAAGAACCAGAUGAUAGUAAGAAGAAAACAAAUAAAAAAGAGGAAAAUGAAAGCAAAAAAGAAAUUGAAACUAAGAAAAAUCAAAAGAAAGAGGAAGUGGAUGUGAAGAAAGGCAAGGAGGAGGAGGCAAAGAAGGGAAAGGACGAUAAUGAGGCAAAGAAAGAUAAAGAUGAAAAGACUAUCAAAAAGGAAGAUGAGAAAAAAGCUAAGAAAGAAGAAAAUGGAAAUAAAAAGGCAGCAAAAAAUGAGGAUUCUAAGAAGGAGAAGAAAGAAGAAAAUAUGAAAAAAGCAAAAGUUGUGUUGAAAAAAGAAAAAGAUGAUACAACAAAAGUAAAGAAAGAAAGUGAGACAGAAGUGACAGAGAAAAAGACUGCUAGUCAAACAGCUGAUAAAAAGACAGCUCAACCUGCCGAAAAGAAAACUGCUUCUCAAGCUGCUGAUAAAAAAGCUGCUCAACAAACCCCAGACAAGAAAGUUACAAAUCAGACCAAUGAAAAGAAGACUUCUCAGCAGACAGGCGAUAAAAAGGUCUCACAGCCCCCGGGAGAUAAAAAAGUUGCCACUACACCGAAAACUUCAGAUGGCGAUGAUAAACCAAAGACAUCUCCUAAAAAGAUUGUCCGAAGGCGAUCUAUGAGAAAAGAUGAAGUAAAAGAAGAAACCAGUGCAACAGCUUCAGCUAAACUAGUUAUGCAGAAAGAGGUCAAGGUUAAUCUUAUUAAAAAAGAUUUCAAACCGGCGGAAGUCAUUAAAAGAAUUAAAAAGCCAAAGGUUGAAGGUCAAACAGAUGAGAAGGACAAGAAAAGUGUAAGUCAGAAAGAUACACAUAACUGUCCAAUGGGUUCACGUCUAAAGGUCAGAUAUGGUGGAGGUCAGACACAAAAGAUUUAUGAUGCCAAGGUUGUUGAAGCAAAAGAUGAUGGUUCUGGAUUACAGUAUUUAGUUCAUUAUGCAGGCUGGAAUAAUAGAUAUGAUGAGUGGAUACAGCCAGAGAGAAUUGUCAGUAUUGUAGAGAAACCAGCAUCAGAUCUGGUAGUCAAGAAAAUGGAGAAGAAGUUUAAAGAUGUCAGUUCACCGAAAACACCAAAACUUUCUCCAGCUCAGCCAGUGCUUACACCUCAACAACAGGUGAUGAAGAAAAGAGCCCGAUCUGGACCAACAGAAUCACCAUCGUCAAGUCCUGCGAGGUCUGAGAAAGCUAGGUCCCCAGCAUCAAGUGUUGUUGGUUCAGACAAGAAAAAGUCAAGGCCUACAAGGUCAAACAGUGUAGAGUUCAAAUGCUUAGAAGGAUUACAAGUAAAACACAAGAGGACAAGAAGAAAUUCUGGUGUUACAGAAUCUUCAGAUAUUAUCUCCCAUGCCUCCUUUACAGAUGAUACAGACAAUUCAGAUGAAGAAACUGACAAGGCAGAGGAAAUGGAGUCCUCAGACUGUCAAUCAAUUACUGAGCCGUCUAAACCUGUUAUAUCAGAUAGUGAAUCAAAGACAAAAGAAGAAACAAAAUUGGACGAAAAUGAGGAAAAAGGUUCAGUAGACAUUGUGGAAGUUAAGGUUAUGUAUGGUGGUGACUCCCCCGUUAAUGUGGAAACAGAAGAUUGUGACAUUAAUAAGAAUGAAGACAGUGAUGAAAUAGAUGUGCCCAAAAUAGAAUCAGAGAUUGCAGUGCAGUCCGAGGAUCAAAAGCCAUCAGAAAUGAUAAGCAAAGAUAUAACUGAAAGUGUGGAUACUACAGAACAGGAGGUCACCGAGAACAAAAUGCCUGAGAUUCCUGAAGUUAAAAAUGUUCCUUUAGUUGAAGUUGUUACAGAAAUUUUGGAACGUAAGCCUGAUUGUAAAGAAGAAGAGGUUGUUAAGAAGGAUGAGGAGCAGGAGGAGCAGAGUGUUGACAUUAAAUGUAACGAAGACUCGUCAAGUCUUGAUAGAUACGAAUUCAAAGAUGAAGAGGAGGAAAUCAGUUUACCAGAAUGGAAGGCUGAAAGACACGUUGAGGAGGAUUGGAAACCAAGAGAACGUGGAAGACCAAGGAAAGCUCAGUGUAAAGAUAAAAUUGAGCCGAAGAAGGAACAGCCUACAAGAGAGAAAAAAGAAGUGAAAAAGACUAAAAUGACAAUGGCUGAGAGGAAAUAUAUGGGACAGAAUCCUCCAUCAAUGGCAGACUUGGAACCUCCGGUGAAGAAAAUGAAGGAAGAAGAAAUUGUGGAAAAAACCGAGGUCAAAGAUACAAAUGAUGAAGAUACGGAGGAAGAUAAUGAGAUGGAGAAGAAAAAAGUGAAAAAGAAAACGAAGAAGAAAGAAACUUUCGAUAGUGAUGGUAGUGAUAUAGAUCAUAAAAAAGUAAAAACCUCUAACAAACCGGUGACAAAAUCCAAAAAGAGGUUGAAGGAUGCUGAUGACCUUGAUAGAAGGUCGCUCAUGUCCGAUGAUGAUUCUAGUGUUGCAAGUGAGAAGUGUGACACAGACAAUCCUUCUGUUUCGUCAGAAGUUUAUUCAAAUACUGUGAUAAAUAUUAAUGAAUCCAAAACUAGUGCUGAAACUAUAGAAAUCUCUGAGCAAACAGACACUGCUACUACAGGUGCGUUUGAAAAUACUCCCCCCACAUCCCCAGAGCAAGAAACAAACACAUGUGUCAUUCAAUCUCAAGAUCAUUCCCAUGAUUCUCAUAAAAACAUUGUUGCCAUGUCAACGGAACAACAUCAGUAUGAAUCUCAGGCAGGCAACACUAGUCCAUCUUCGUCAAACGAAGGCAGUGUUGGUAGUGGCAAUGUAGCUGGAUCAGACAGCAGCGAUGCCGUCAAUAUAGGCAAGAGGAAGAAAGAAUCUGAGGAGGUUACUCCAGCCAAAAAGAGGAGGCGAGGAAAAUCAAAGUCUAAUGGAGAAAAGAAAUCAAAACCUAAUGGAAGUGAUAGUGAUGAAAGCUACAAUCAAACUUCCGGAUCCUCAUCUCCUACUAAAUCCCGUCCACGUUCUCCUAGAACGCCAAAAUAUAAUCUCAAUCUUGAGGAAGGCAAAUACUUAGAAGGAGAAGAGAGAAUUACUUUUCUUAUGGAAAAGGCACAGGAAAUACGCAAAAUAUAUAUGGACCUGAAAGCUGAGGUAGCAACAAUUGAUAGGCGAAGGAAACGAGCCAAACGCAAAGACAGAGAGAGUUACCAUGGAGCAGAUCAGGAACAUGUGUAGUAUUUAGUCACAUGACACAGAAAGUAUUAGGUCAGCUGACCCAGCAGCAUUGGUGCAUAAUAGAUGAUCAUUUUAUAGGGUAUCUUCCAUGAACAUAAUGAAUAAUACUUGUUUUGUUAUUGUCUGACAGCAUUAUGAAGUAUUUUUUUAUUAUAAAGAGUUAUGUAUUAAAUAGUUUAAAGAUAUGGAUCUAGGAUUUUUUUUGUUUUGGAAGGGUGGGGCAUGAAAACAAAAUUAUUUGCAAUAAAAACAUUUGCUCUUUGUUCUAAUGUAUCAAACCUGAUCGGGUUUUCUAAAAUGGAGAAUAAAGAUUUAAUUGUGUAGGCAGUUUUAUUGCACAGAGUAAAACUCUAGUUAGAACUGUUUGUCUGCAUUUAGCUUUCGAGUUUGCAUGUCUGACCCAUUAAAAAGCUGACAAGUGAUUUAUUUACAGAUGGAAAUUCCUAUUUUUAAUAGAUGUGUGCCUUGUAUUAAUUACAUUUCCAGCAUUUAUUGCACAAUAUAAGUUGAAAUGCACAGGUUAAAAGUGAAUUUCCCGAACAGCGAAUUUGAAAGCUCUAUGCAGUCAGACAGUAGUUUGAUCAGAUUAUGGUUAUAUUUUUUACUGAGACAGCAUGCAGUGUAUGAUAUAAGAAACCAUUUAUUCAUGGUAGAUAACCGUUUCUCUAAUUUUUGCGCUGUUUUCACAUUUCUUGUUCUCGGCAAAUUAUUGUUCGAAAUUUAAUUAUGACGUCAAAUUUUCUUGGUUUCUUCUGAAUUUCCUAUUGUGACGUCAUGAAAAAAGGCGACCAUGCCUGAUGACGUCACAUAUAAAGAACACAACUUUCUGCAAAUUUUUGAAGAAGAAGGAUAAAAAUUAGAGAAACAGAUUCCACCACUAUAACUCGUGUAUUACGAUAUUCGUCCACUCUCCACAGUUAAAUUUUAAUUAUUUAAAAAGCUCGGCAAGCCUCGCGCUUUAAAUAUUAAAAUUUAACUGUCCCGAGCGGAGAAAUAUCGUAAUACACUUGUUGCAGUGGUGAAAUCUAUAUUUGUAUGUUUUUAACAUGGUAAUUUUUAGAUAGAAAAAAACCAGGAGGAAGAAUUUGGUCUGUGAUACUCAUUUUGUGAAAUAUAAAAAUAUGGCAGUAUAGAAUUAUAAAUGCUAUUCAGGGCACACUUUUUCAACAACAAAAAUCAAACUAAAUUGAUAAAUCUGAAGAACAUUUGGUGAGAAAUUCUAAUUCUUUUUGAAAGUAUACCUUUAAAAUGUUGGUAGUUAGUGAUAAACUUUCACGAGGGUAAUGUCAAAAUAUGGUUCAUCAGAGAACGUCAUUCUUGAAUAAUUUUUAAUCAAAAAUAUUUUUGGUGAAGUAAUUUGAAAACUGGUGUCAAAAUACAGGUUUGUGUUCCUUUAACUACAUGUAAUUUUUGAUGUUAACAGAAAUGACAAAAUGGUUUCUUAGCAUUUUCUGAAUUAAUGUUAAAUAUUUUAAGAUUGCACUAUCAUUAGAUCAGGCAGUUGAGAGCAAAUAAUACUUGUCAUGCGCAUAGUCCAGAGAUAAAAAUUCUAUGCUGCCAUGUUAUUAAAAGAGUAUUUGCUGGAUGUUCUGUCCAUUUCAAGCACACAUAUUUUCAUGAAGUGGCUAAUAUAUGUUAUACUUAUAGACUUGUGGUAAAUUUUAUAGUUCCAAAAAGCAAAAUUUUCACAUAUAUGUAUGUUUUUGCAGAAAAUGUUGCAUUUUCCAUUUUUUAAAGUCCUAUGGUCCCAGGUUAUUACAAAAGGGGUUCAAAGCCCUAAGUAGAUAUCAUUCAAGCAUGCUAAGACCACUAAGUGCUUCAUUUUUUGCCAGUAUAUUAUUUAAAAUUUUACAGGAUGUUCCAUCUAGUAACACUUCUGCGCAUUCUUGUGUAAUAUCUUAAAAUAGUCUAUUGGAGAAAACUAGAAAUUAUAAUAUAUGAAGAACAGGUCUGUUGUUUGAUGUACUAAAUAUUUGAAAAGGUUGUGCAGAAAUACUUGUUGGGGGCAUACAAUUUGUUGGUUGUUGCUUAAAUGAUUCUGAAAAGAGAUCUUUUCUCUAAAAAUUCUUACAAAACUUACAAAUGUUUUUUCCCAUAAUAAUUUUUUGAAAAGUGCUGCAGAUUGACUUAAUGUCUGAAGAAAUAAUCAUCAACCUCUGAAUUGAAUUAGGAGAUAUUGUUGCACCUUUCUGUUCAAUAAAAGUAAGGUGUCAAAUUUGAAUUUGCAAUGCAAUGUUUGCAAGUUGCCUUGAACAUGAAGAAAUGUUUUGUAACUUUUUUUAAGAGUGUGCUAAGGUGAAAUACUGACAAACCAAAUAUAUAGAAACAUUUUAUAAAUGGCCAAACAUUUUUGUUAUUAAAUUACAGUGUAUCACUGUUGUAUAUGUUAAAUGUAAACCAGCUGAUUUUAGUGUACACUUUUUUUUCCGUGAUUUUUGAAAGUUGAAAAAUAUUGCAAAAAUUAAUCGCCUCAAAUUUGUCAAACUAGGACAUCCCUUAUAUGAAAAUAUCAAGAUAUUUAUAUUUAAAAAUUGAUAACUAAAUUAAUUUUCUACAAAAUCUGCUAGAAACUUCUAAAUGUGAAAAAUGAGUUUCUACUAAAUGAAGUUGGUUUACAGUUGUGAUUAAUCAUUUUAGAAUUUCCAAAGUCUCAGAAUUUUGUCGAUUUAUUUUUGCAACCUAGUCAUUGGUUUACGCGAAACAUUUUGUCAAUUCAUUCAAUUCAAUCAUUAUUUUUUCCCUGCCAUUUUAUCCAUUCAGUUUUGUUCAGUCAUAUCCAUUGGUAAAUUGAAUGGAACAAUCAUAAAAAAAAAGCCAUGUUGUUUUUGUUUAAGACUUGCAAUACUUAUGAUAUUUAUUAGAGUGCUAUCAUUGUUGUCGUAAAGUUUAUUUUUUUAUCAGUGACAAAGUUUAUUUGUCCAAGAUUGUUAUGUAGAUAUGUACAUUUUCAUAGACUUGUUGUUUUUUAUUUAUACUGAUCUUGAAUGUUUUAUAACAGUUUGACAGUCUCCACUUUAUCAUUUCAUGCCGUAAAGGUUUUAUGUGCUAGUAUCCUUACAGUAAAAACAAGUAAUGUGUUCACCAAUUUGCUUCCAACUAGUAGAUAGAAAAUUGUGUGGUUUUAAAAUAGGAAUUUCUUAGUUGAAACAUGUUAGGAAUUUUUAUUUUAACAACAACUCUUUUUUUCACUCAGUAGUUUUCAAAAUUUGAAAAUAAUUGACCACUUGCAAGAAAGUCUGUUAGCAGAUGAGUUGUCAUUGCUAUAAUUGUAUAGAAUGCACUCAAUCAUUUAGUAAGGAAUUUUAUGGGAUAAUGUUAUGAACAUUUGUUAACUAUGUAUGAAUAUAAGAUUAGGUUUUUACACCAAAAUUACACAUUUGUUACCUAAUUGUCUUGCUACUGGUCAGUAUGAACUUUACAAAGAACUAUAUCUUUAAAAAUUGAUUUAGUUAGGUGUUGAAAUCCAUUUUUGCCCAGGUGAAAGAAUUUGGUACCGGUGACUACCUUAUAUUUACCUAAAUUUUAACUGAGCAAUAUGGUUUUUAAAACACCUAUUAGUCUUACUUUUGACUUCUUUUCUGGAAUAACAUUUGCAAGAAAAAUUGUUAACACAUACAUUGGUUUUGUUGUUUUAACUAUUUUUUGUAAUUUGAGAUUUUUUUUAAAAAGAUCCUUCAAAGAGACUUAUUUCACCAAUGUGACCUCAACAUCCCUAUUGACUUCAUAUAUCCAUUGAAAAUUGACAAGUGUUAGGUUAUGAAAAAUACUAUCCAAAAAUAUAUUCUUAUUCAGUUCUACUUUAAAUUACUCAGGGUAAUUAGUGUGGAAGUAAAGGGAGUCCCCUAGGCCAAAGUUUUUAAAUAGGGCAAAUUAUAUCUAUUGUGUAACUGGCUCUGUGGAGCUGUAGCAUUUUGUGCAGUUGCAGGCUGACAUCUUUGGGUUGGGCUGAUAUUUAGAAUUUCUUUCCCUUGUUUUACUUUUAUCCUGCUGGACUUCAUACUAGUAUUGCUGUUUAUUCCUUUUCUUACUACUGUUUAAAUUUCACUUUUAAACAAAUGUUCCAACAUAGAAUAACUUAUGUUAUAAACAGGAAUAUAUAUUUUUUCUUAAAUAAAGAUAUACUAACGACAAUCUGUAGUUGCAUCCAAAAUGAGGACUUCAACAGAUAUAUUUUCAAUGAAUUCCAUAUGAUGGAAGUGAAAAGUUGUGAAUGGUAACACACAUUAACACUGACUUUAUCCAUUACAAGAAGUUCACUGUACAUGUAUUCAUAUUUAAUGUCUGUGAAAAGAAAAGUGAUUUUCUGUUGUAUUUUUAAAGUCUAUGGAAAGAUCAAUUUGGUUAUAGGAUUUCAUUUUGCUCUUUGUGAAAAGUUCCCACAGAGAUUUCAUUUUUAUCAUAAAAAAUUUAUCAGCAAUGUCAGGAAUUAUGAUGCUGUUUUCUUGCCAUAACAUGAUUUUAGUACAUUAUAUUUCAUGUUUGUUAUAGAACUCUGGAACCUUUCUUAGCAAAAUGGUUCAGUUAAAUGUCUCUGUUAUUUUGGACAAUAACAGCUGGACUGUUUUAACAUUGUAAACUAAUUCUACAAUGCAAAAUCGUUUUUGACAAAAAUUGUUUAAUCUAUUAAAAGAAUUCUACUGCAAAUUAUUGAUACUGUUUCUAGAUUGGAAAUGUUCACAUAGUUCUCAUGCUCCAAACACGUAAAGGUUUUGGCAUUAUUUUAACCUGGAGUGAAUUCAAAAAGAUUUUUCAACUGCCAAUUCUGUACAAAUAUGUGCAUCAUCUACACUAAAAACUUCUAGUAUGAAUUACUGUUACCAUGCCACUUAUAGUUAUCAUGUUAAAGGGAGAGCUGUUAAACAGUCAGUUGUACAUGUGCUGUUUUGUACUUUAUUCAACUUGUUAUGUAACCUUUGAACCUAACCUUUGAUCUUUUAUAUGUUUGUAACAAUCUUAUUUGUUGUAUCAUGGCAACCAUCAUGUAAAAUUUUACAGAAAUGAAACAUUUUGUAUUUUAUCAAGUUAAUGAAAUUUUAUAAAAGUGAUAGUCAAAAUGUUCAUUUCUCGUGUAUCUAUUUAUAGAAUUUGUAAAUACCAUUGUACAUUCGUCAUUCAAUCAUCCUACAUAACUUAUUAAAGCCAUCAGGAUAGAA